AUGGACGUGCAAGAUAGGACAAGUUGGAGAGAAUAUAAAGACGGCCGCAAGGCUAUGCGAGAGCCUCGUUCUGUGGAUCUUGUGUGUCUGCCGGAGAUGAUCUUCACUGGUUAUGUCUUUCCGGACGCAAAGGCUAUAAGCCCACACUUGGAAGACCCUAAGACGGGCCCGACAUCUCGCUUCUGUGCCGAUCUCGCUGCACGACUGCACUGCUAUGUCGCUGCUGGCUAUCCGGAGCGUCAUGGGCCUCAUGAAGCCGAGAGACGAGUUACGGAUGAAGGAAAUGAAAUCACCACCGUUGGUGCCAACAGUGCUGUGAUGUAUGGUCCAAACGGUGCUCUUGUAGGAGGGUAUCGCAAGACCAAUCUGUUCGAAACCGACAUGACUUGGGCUAAGCCAGGAACUGGCUUCGUGACAUUCGAUCUACCCUCACCCUUGAACACUGUCAGUCUUGGUAUCUGCAUGGACCUGAAUACUGAGCCUCCUGCAAUGUGGACGCUCUUAGACGGACCAUACGAGAUGGCCAACUACUGCAUCGAACGCAAGACGACCCUCCUGGUCUUGUUGAACGCCUGGCUUGAUUCGGGUAGGGGUUCAGAUGAAGAAACAGACUGGCAAACGGUCAACUACUGGGCCGCAAGGCUGCGUCCACUAUGGGUGAAAGAUAGUGUCCAAGAUGAAAGAGCAGACGGGCAGUCUGAUGAUGUAGAAGAGACAUUCGUUAUAGUAUGUAACCGAUGUGGAAAGGAGAACGGCAUGACCUUUGCCGGGUCAUCCUCUCUCUUUAAUAUGAGGCGUGGGAGUGGCAAGCCACGCUUGUUACAUACAUUAGGACGCCAGGAGGAAUCAAUCGCGGUGUGGACGAUACCAUAA